GGAGACAUGGUCGAGGAGUCCCAUUUGUUUGAUAUCAACUUCGAGGAGUCAGAUAAACAGCAGCUUCAUUCAACAGGCUUGAAAUAAGACGUUGUACUGUAACUGGACUGAACUGCAGACGACUGAUAAUUGCAGAAUUAUGGCUUCUCACAAGCGGAUCCUGAGCACCCUGAGGAACGGCCCUGCUCGACGUAACCUGUUCGGCCCCGUCGACCGGGAGCAGCUGCAGGUGGAGUACCAGGCAGCCCUGCAGAAAGACCUGGAGGAGGCUUCGAAUCGCUGGGGCUUCGAUUUCAUCUCGGACAAGCCUUUGGAGAGCAGUGAUUUCCAGUGGGAGGGCAUCCCAGGCGCCAAGGUGCCACUGCUCUACAGAUCCUGUAUGUUUGGUCUGGGACAGGCAGAUGGUCAGAGGGCAGCAGAGGCAGCAGGUACAUCCAAGGGAGGAAGGGUGGAGUUGCCAUGGAAUGACAAGGAGAACAUCCCCUGUUCGCCAGAUAGAUGUACCGUCGACACAGAGAACCUGGAGAAGACGCCGGUCAGACGAGAGAGUAGAGGGCUGAAGAGGAAACAGACAAACCUCACAGAUUUCUAUCAGGCUAAAAGAAGGGUAGUUUGGAUGCCACGCAAAUCCGGCGAGUGAUUUCCGGUGCAGUUUACUGCAAAGGUGCCAACAUCCCAAAAGAACCACACAAACAGUACUACACUCAGGAAUACCACGUUCUGCACAGACUCUGCACAGUCACUCAUCUGGGGGUUCUUGUACCCGGCGAAUCAUCUUACAACAGAAGGGACCUCAGCUUCACAUCAUUAAUAUCAGGUUAAUUAGGGUACUGUAUUCACUCUGAGGGGGUUUGGUGUUUUUCCCACUGGUAAGAAGGGGACAUUUGAGCAGAGAAGAUUAACGGUAAUCUCUGGAAUCAGUGGGUUUAUACUCAUUUGGAUCAUGGGGAUGCCAAAUUGUAGACUGACAUUUCCUACUGUACAUUCCACAGUGCUGAAAAUGUAAAAAAUCUGUACCGCUUGCAGCACAGAGAUACGAUGGAUAAAUGCAUAACUGUGUACACUUGAAACUGAUGCCAUGUUGGCUGAAAUCACUCUGUCUCAUGAUGAAAUUAAGGAGUGACUGUGAUCAAACUGCAGAAUGGUUGAAAAUGGUAGAGAACAGGGAAAGCCUUUUGGCCCCUUUGUUCAAAUCCACUAUUGUUUUUCUACAAUGUUAUUUCUUUAUGUGUAUCGUGUGGGCUAGGAGUCUUUUUAUACGAAACAUUUAUCAUACUUUAUACAUUCAGAUGUACAGCUGUGUUUUCUCUACCAUCAUGUACUCAUAGGAACAUACUUGAAGAGUUCUGAUAUCCUGUACAUGCUGUUGCUUUGCUUAGAUUGUUAAUGACAGAAGUGCCAUCAUGUCCUCUUCCUUUCUUUCCAUCCACUGUAUGUAGAUUGAUUUUCAGAGGAGACCUCCUAAAGUGCCCCCUGCACAGCAUCAGAUAUUGUAGGUUAGGAGUGUAGUACCAUGUCUAUUGAAGCCUUAAAAACACAUAUAUUAGGUUUAUUUAGAUAUAUAUCAGAGAUUUAUCUAUAGAGUUUAAUAGAGCACUGUAAUGUAGCAGAACCGCAAAGAAACAUUGCAGUAUUGCACAUACAUCUGAUAGGUGGUGUGUUUGAAACACCCAGGUUCAAGUGUCUUCACGGCAUUUGUUUCGGUAUCUGAAGCUCCAGAAAGGACAAUCAGAGGAAGUGUUCUCAGAAGCAAAUGUAUUAUUUUCGAAGCAAAGUGCUUAAUUCUUUCCUAUUUGGACGCAUCGUGCAAUUAUAACAGACAAUGUGUUAUUAUCUGCCUCAAAACAAAUGGCGUGUUUGUCCAUGACACUUAUUUAUGUCUAUGUUGGCAAAUCCUGCUGCUAUGGGUAAUCUGAAUGAGUGUCAAACAAGGUCACUGUAAUGCUAAUCCUCACCUAGUGACAGCUUAGAAAUGUCCGCCGCCACCGCCGCAAAUACAAAGCUAAGCAUAUAACAGCAUUACCCCAAACAAUGAAUGCACUUCUGUUCAUAGAUGCUUGUGCACAGGUCUUGUUUUAUGUUAAGCUACAAAUGAAAAGAUCUAUUCUUAUUUAUUGUCAGAUAUAUAUUCCUCGUGUUAAUUUAGUUUUUGUUUAAUUAUUAUGAGAAUUCCAAAUUCCAA